AUGCAUUUCAAUGUACCAGCGGACCACUUAUAGAUGACGACCUAGUUUGUGACUUCAAGGCAGACUGUACAGACGGAUCCGAUGAAUUGACAUGCCCUGUUGAUUGUGGCUUUGAGACGUCAGACCUGUGUUCCUGGACCCAGGACCAGAGCGAUGAUAUUGACUGGACCUGGUUUGACGUCAACACCAUAUACCAUGAUUAUAAAGGACCAGUUACAGACCAUACCACAGAAACGUCAGCAGGUCACUACUUGUUCGUCGACGGGACAACGUCAGGAAUCAAAGAUAAGGCUAGACUGAUAAGCCCCGUUUACAAGAUGGCACCAAGGAGUUGUACCUUCAACAUGUGGUUCUACAUGUUCGGACCGGAAUACGGCGACCUGGAAGUCAAACUUUUGGAUGACAGUGGUGAGAAUCACGUGACCAAAGUUCAAGAUAAUGCGUUGCAGUACUACAAGUGGUACUUCUGGCAGUCUCAGAUUCCACCCUGUACCAGGAACUUUCAAGUUGUGAUAGAAUCAGAAGACAAACUCCAGGUUCCUGUCGAGAGUGGUUUUGCGCUGGAUGAUGUAUCCUUUACAGACUGUGAAUUCCCGGACCAGGUAGCCGUUGGCCAGUGUGCCUCAGGCUACAGGCAGUGCGACACAGGGGAAUGCUACCUGAUAGAGCGACACUGUGACAUGGAGCUGGAUUGCUGCGAUCUGACUGACGAAUCUAAUUGUGAUCAGCAGGGGUACUCUCAAUGUGACUUUGAGAAUGGUAUCUGUGACUGGGAGCAGCUUGUGAAUGAUGAGUUUGACUGGACAUGGCAACAAGGCGGUACGCCGGACAACUGGCGAAGGACCGGCCCACAGUACGACCAUACCACAGGCACUACAGAAGGCUGGUACAUUUACACCGAGUCUAGUGACAGGAGAAGAAAUGGAGACAGAGCUAUCAUAGUCAGUUAUCCAAUCGUUGGCAUAACAUCUGGUAAACAAUGUUCCGUUCGAUUUUUCUACCACAUGGAGGGCCAGGGAAUCGGGACUUUAAAUGUCUACACCAGGACAGCCAUCAAUGGACCUUUAACUCUUCUUUGGUCUGAGGAUAAGCAGUUAGGUGAACAGUGGAACUACUGGAGCCAAGAGCUAUAUGAACAGAAUGACUUCCAGGUUGUAUUUGAAGGUGUGAUGGGUUUCACUGCCGAGAGCGAUAUAGGCUUAGAUGAUAUCAGCUUCACACCAGACUGUACGAGGACAGAUAGUCUACCAGAGGUUUCAACUCCGGAUGGAGUAUUUUGUAUCCCAGAAGAGCUUCCAUGCAAUGGUAAUACUUGUAUCGACCGGGCCAAGUAUUGUGACUUUAAACAAGACUGUGAAGACGAUAACGAGGAUGAAAAGGACUGCCCUGAUAGCUGUGACUUCGAGAGAGAUCUAUGUUCAUGGCUUCAGGAUGAUACGGAUGACAUCGACUGGUCCGUCUACACAUCUAGGACGGUCCCUGGAGGUUACAAAGGACCAGCCACAGACCAUACUACAGAAACUGCACAGGGUCGGUAUAUCUAUGUGGACGGGUCUACCUCCAGAACGGGGCAGAAAGCCAGGCUGAUCAGUCCCCAGUACAAACUGGCGCCCAGGGGUUGUCACUUCAACAUGUGGUUCUACAUGUUCGGACCGGAAUACGGUGACCUGGAAGUAAAACUUGUGGAUGACACUGGCGAGGAUCAUGUGACCAAAGUUUUAGACAACGCAUUGCAGUACAAUGUAUGGUACUUCUGGGAUUCGCAAAUCCGUACCUGUUCAGCAAACUUUCAGGUAGUGAUAGAAUCAGAGGACAAACUCCAGGUUCCUAUUGAGAGCGGUUUCGCCGUGGAUGAUCUAUUCUUCACGGACUGUGCUUUCACUGAGCAGGUGGAUAUCGGCACCUGUCCCUCGGAUAUGAUGCAGUGUGGCACCCGGGAGUGCUACCCGGCUGACCAACACUGCGACAUGGAGCUGGAUUGCUGUGACAUGACCGAUGAAACUAAUUGUGAGUCCCAGGGCUACAUUCAAUGUGAUUUUGAACAGGGCAUGUGUGAUGAAUUGGAGCAGCUAAAAACGGAUGAGUUUGACUGGACUUGGCAACAAGGUGGUACCCCGGACAACUGGAGGAGAACGGGACCGCAGUUUGACCACACUAAAGGCAAUGAAGAUGGUUGGUACUACUAUACAGAGUCUAGCCAGAGACGGAAGAACGGGGAAAGAGCCAGACUGGCUACCUAUGCUAUCGCGGCUACGACAACGGGCAGCUGCGUGAUCCGAUUUUUCUACCACAUGGAAGGCCAGGGUAUCGGCACACUCAAUGUGUACACCAGACAAGCAAUCAAUGGUCCUCUGGAGAAGCUCUGGAGCAAAGACAAAUCACUCGGAGAACAGUGGAAUUACGCCAAUCUACAGCUCAAAGUAUCAAAUGAUUUCCAAGUAAUAUUUGAAGUAGUUGUCGGCUUUACAGCUGAGAGUGAUAUAGGUUUGGACGAUGUCAGCUUUACACCGGAUUGUCUUCGUUCAAGCGCUGGUCUACCGGUCAGCCCAACUGAAGAAAUUACGACACCAAAGCGUAAUCUGCCCACUCUGCCUUCUUGUCUACAAGGGAAGUUUACAUGUACAGCAGAUGGUUCGUGUAUUGAUCAAAGCUGGUUGUGUGAUGGAAGAAGUGACUGUCCAGAUUCGCAAGACGAGGCAUCUUGUCCUACAUCGGGUAAUUCAGCCAUGGUUAUUGGUCUCAGCGUAACGUUCGGUCUUCUGUUCCUAGCUGCCGCGGCUGGCGGUAUAUUCUAUUACGUCAUGAUUUACUCAAAGAAAAAUCAAAAGCUUAUCAGCAAUGAAAUGACGCCUGGUAUGUCCAACCCUUCAUAUGAACAUAAUACAGUGGGUACUUCCAGCUUGGAAACACAAGAGGCGGAGGCUUAAAUUAUACUAUAGUCGUUGGACUCAUCACAAGCAGGUCUUAAACUUAAA